GAACAAUUAAGUCAUAUUUUUAUAUGGUCAAAUCGUAGUUGCUUUUUUAAAUAACUAUUAUUAUUUGGAAAAUCGUCUUUAUUAAAAUUAUUUCCAAGAACAGAUAAAUCGAGCACAUCGAUUACAUCAGCGCUGGAUUAUUCAGCCUGUGACCUCACGCUCGCGCAGUCGUGGUUCUUCCUUUCGACGAAAUUUCUCGCUAUGGCGCCUGUUAGGAAACACCAGAGCUCUAAAGGUGGAAAGAAGAAGAAGCAGGUCCUGAAGUUCACGCUGGACUGCACGCACCCCGUUGAAGAUGGCAUUAUGGAUGCUGCAAACUUUGAGCAGUUCCUACAGGAGCGCAUUAAAGUCAAUGGUAAAGCUGGAAACCUGGGAGGUGGAGUGGUCACCAUCGAAAGAAGCAAGAGCAAAAUCACAGUUUCUUCUGAGGUGCCCUUCUCCAAGAGGUACCUGAAAUACCUCACAAAGAAAUACUUAAAGAAGAACAAUCUCAGAGACUGGUUGCGUGUUGUGGCUAACACUAAAGAAAGCUAUGAGCUUCGCUACUUCCAGAUCAACCAGGAUGAGGAAGAAGAAGAUGAUGAGGAUUAAACUCUUGCAGUUUUUUUUUACAUUUAAAUAAAUUCAUGUAUGACUAAA